AUGAGUGAUGUUCCUUAUGCUUCCACUAUAGGAAGUUUUAUGUAUGCCAUGGUAUGCACAAGGCCUGAUAUCGUAUAUACGGUGAGCAUUACUAGUCAAUAUCAAUCUAAGUCAAGAUCAGAACACUGGGCAGCUGUCAAGACGAUCCUUAAUUACUUAAGAAGAACUAAGGACAUGUUCCUCGAUUAUGGAGGAGUGACAGAGUUACGAGUGGAAGCUUAUACAUACGUAGAUUUCCAAUAUGACGUUGAUGAUAGAAGUUCCAACUCCGGAUAUGUGUUCACUCUCAAUGGUGGGCCUGUUAGCUGGAAAAGCAAGAAACAAGAUGUAAUUGCUGAUUCCAUGAUGAAGCUAAAUAUGUCAUUACAGCUGAAAUCGGGAAGAAGUGUUCGGGAAGAAGAAGUUCAUUACUGA